AUGAAAUUAAUUGUAUUGAUAUUUUUUUUAUUAUUUAUUAAUUUAAAUUAUUGUUUAAAAAUAAAAGAACAACCAAAAGUUGGUGGUAUUGAUAGUGAACAACCAACCAAUUCAUUUUAUAUUGAAAAUGGUAAUUUUUUAAUGAAUAAUCAAGGUAAUGGUGGUAGUUUAAAUCAAUAUCAAAUUAUUAGUGGAUCAUUUCAUUAUUUUAGAUGUUUACCAGAAUUAUGGGUGGAUAGAUUAACAAAGAUGAAAGCAUGUGGUUUAAAUACAAUUCAAACUUAUAUACCAUGGAAUGUACAUCAACCAAAUGGUUUCAAUACAGAAUUAGUGGCAACUAAUGAUUUAAUAGAAUUUUUAAGACAAGCACAACAAAUUGGACUAAAUGUAAUUCUUAGACCUGGUCCAUAUUCAUGUGCUGAAUGGGAAUUGGGUGGUUUCCCAUAUUGGAUUUUAGAGCAACAACCAAUUGCAUUAAGAAGUAGUGAUUCUGUAUUCAUUUCAGCUGUCAUUGCCUAUUGGUCGAGAUUAUUGCCAUUGCUAGAGCCUUUACUAUUCACCAAUGGUGGUCCAAUUAUAAUGGUACAAGUCGAGAAUGAAUACGGUUCCUAUGGUGAAGAUAAAAGUUAUUUGGAGACAUUGUUAACACUACUUCAAAAAUAUCUUGGUCAAGGUGAUGGCAAUGGUUCUGGUGUGCUAUUCCAUUCAACUGAUGGUCCUUCCGCUCAAAUGCUAUUCGGUUCAAAAUUGGAAGGUGUUUAUCAAACUGUUGAUUUCGGUCCAAUGCCAAUCGAGCAAAUUCAAGACAAUUUUAAAAUUCAACAAACUUUUGCAUCAAAACCAACUCCACCAAUGAAUUCUGAAUAUUACACUGGUUGGAUCACUAAUUGGGGUGAUGCUUCUGCAGCUAGAACCGAUGCAAGUGUAGUGGCUCAAGGUUUGGAUGAUAUUCUAUCAUUGAAUGCAAGUGUAAAUAUGUAUAUGUUUUUCGGUGGUAGUAAUGCUGGUUUUAUGAAUGGUGCAAAUUCAAACUCACCAACUACCAACUUUGAAAUUACCAUUCAAUCCUAUGAUUAUGAUUCACCAUUGUCUGAAAGUGGUGAUACAACUGAAAAAUAUUUUGCAAUAAAGAAUGUAAUUGAAAAGUAUAUUAAACCAACCACCAAUUCAAAUAGUACUUUACCACCAAUACCUUCAAAUAGUACAAAGGUUGCCUAUGGUACAAUACAAAUCACUCAAGCAACAAGUUUAUUCAAUAACUUGGCUAAUUUAGUCAACUCAAAUCAACAACAACUUCAAACUGGUGCUCCAAUACCAAUGGAACAAUUACAACAAUCCACUGGUUUCGUUUUGUAUGAAACCACAAUGAAUAUCGCUCAAAGUAGUCAAUUGUCAAUCACAGAGUUGCACGAUCGUGCAACAAUUUUCAUAAAUGAUGAAGCUAUUGAAGAUACUCAAACAAUUGGUCAAGCUGUUUUCCUUCAAAGACCAUUCAAUUCCUCAAUUGAAAUUACUUAUCCAUCCAAUGUCACUGAUGAUGGUAAUUUCAAUCUAAGAAUUUUAUUAGAGAACCAAGGUAGAGUCAAUUUUGGUCCUUAUUUAAAUGAUAGAAAAGGUUUAUUAUCAGGUGGUGUUUUAUCUGGUCAACAAUAUCUAGGACCUUGGAAUAAUUAUCCAUUACCAUUAACAAAUAAAACUUUAUCAAAUAUUAAUAAUUGGGAACAAAUCAAAGAUUAUACCCUUUCAAAUACUCCAACUUUUUAUCAAGCAACACUUUCUUUAAACUCUACAAAUGAUAUUGGUGAUACUUUUUUAUCAUUUACAGGUUUAGGAAAAGGUCAACUAUUUGUAAAUGGUUAUAAUGUUGGUAGAUAUUGGAAUGUUGGUCCUCAAAGAACAAUUUAUAUCUCCUCUGUUUUAUUACAUCAAGGUGAUAAUGAAAUCAUUUUAUUUGAAACUCUAUUAACUCAACCAAUAUUUGAAAUUCAAUUUUUAAAUCAACCUUAUUUUGAUUAA